AUGACGGUGCGUAUGUCCAGCAGCGCGACGAUUGGGGAGGACAGGGACGGGGGAAAGAUGAUGCAGGGACAGUUGUACCGUGUCCUCGGAGCCCGACUUUCUGUCUCUCCCGCCACCGCCCGCUUCGUCGUAGAACAGACGAAAAAAGGCUCUACCGUUCCAUUCCUGGCGCGCUACCGCCGCGACGAAAUCGGACACCUUGAUGAGACCGCCCUUCGUCAACUCAUUGACAUGGCGGAGGAGCUUCAGGAGGUGCAGCGGCGCCGCGCAUUUAUGCUGAGAAGCCUCAAAAGUCGCGGUCUUCUCACAGAGGAGCUUCAGGAUGCCUUCGAGAAGCUGGUGCACCUGAAUCAGUUGGAGGAUGCAUGGGAGCCCUUUAAGGAGAAGAAGACAAGCCUGUCUCACAGAGGUCGGGAGGCUGGGUUGGAGCCUCUUGCGAAAAAACUGCUGUACACAUCAGAUCCAAUGGCUGAUGUGUCAGAGCACUUGCAUUCCGUUACAGAUGGUGCCAAACUUUUUCAGGCUAUUGUAGUGGAGGAGGUGCAGCGCUGUGACGAGGUGCGACAACUGAUGCUGGUCGAGUGUCGACAGAGCGGUGUAAUCAGCAGUGCACUCGUGGCGACCCCAAGGAAGAAGAAUGCCAAGGAAAUUGGGGCGGACGCCUUUGACACUCUUAAAAAACAAUUUGCCGCCUACGAAAAUCGUCGCUGGUCCGUGCGACGCAUCAGCGCUCAUAACGUCUUGGCGUUGCAACGUGGUGAGAGUAAGGGUGUGCUUCUGGUGAAGAUGAUUCCUCACAGUAGAAGCAAGGAUGCUUUUUUUGCAUGGGCACGACAAAAGUUCCUUGGGUUGCAGCGGCACAAGGACCCCAAGGCGAUUUGCUUACUAAGUCAAUGUCUUGAGGCUGCAUACGAGCACAUACUGAAGACCACACACGCAAUCAUUCGACGUGACUUGAAAAAGAGUGCUGAAAAGGAGGCCAUUGCUGUAUUUGCCCACAGUCUUCGUCAUAUUCUUAUGAGGUGUCCUAUGCGGGAUGUGAGAAUCUUGGCAAUGGAUCCGGGCGUCACCAACGGUGUCAAGUGUGUUGCGUUAGACGAGAAUGGUGGGGUAUUAACUCGUUUCAAGUGCGUCAUUAUGGAUAAACCCAAGAUGAAGGACUACAUCAGCGGCUGCGUCGAAAAAUUAAAUCUCAAUAAAAUUGUCAUAGGUAAUGGGACGGCCUCACGGGAGGUGGCACACAUUGUCGCUGACACUAUUGAACAGAGAGGGUUAAACGUUGAGUAUGCGAUUGUAAGCGAGGCGGGGGCAAGCGUGUACUCCGUCUCAGAUGUCGCGAGGGAGGAGUUUCCAACUCUCGAUGCGAUGUAUCGCGGAGCGGUAAGUAUUGGUCGCCGAGUUAUUGACCCGCUCAGUGAACUCGUUAAGAUCCCUGUGCGUUCUAUGGGCAUUGGCAUGUAUCAGCAUGACAUUAGCGAAGUAGAACUCUUGCGUGCAUUAAAUCGAGUGGUGGAAUCUUGUGUGACAUGUGUGGGUGUGAAUGCUUUGAUUUCCAACCGGUACGUGAUGGAAAAAAUUCCGGGUAUCACCAAACGCAUUGUGGAUCAAAUUGUUUUGGCACGGUGUGCGAAAAAACUAAAGAGCCGUGAGGAUUUGCGCCGGGUUCCAGGUAUGACGGAGGGGAUGUACCAACAGGUCGCCGGUUUUUUUCGGUUUCCUAAUUCCCCUAAUCCGCUGGACAAUAGCAAUAUCCAUCCCGAGUCGUAUAUCACCGUGCAAAAGUUACUGGAACUGUACAAGGGGAAGGAGCGACGCGAUGUAGGUGGCAUUCUCCUUCGUCUGAAAGAUGUGGAACUCAGGGAGAUAGCGUGUAGUGUUGGCUGUGGUGGGGCGACGCUGGAACUUGUGGCCCGGGAAUUGGCCUCACCCGCCCUUGAUCCACGCUCGGAUUUGCCUCACGCGGGACUCUUUCGCCGCUCUCCGCAGAACGUGGCCAACCUCAAACCCGGCGACAAGUUAAGAGGGGUUGUGCAGAGUGUGACGACGUUUGGUGCAUUUGUGGAUGUUGGUCUCCACGACAAUGUCCUCGUGCAAGGUGUGAACAUUGACACAGUGCAUACAGGGAGUCUUUUGGAUGACUUGUGCUUUGAGGGACUUGACCAGCUUGGGCGGGUUCGGGUUCGGUACGAUGGAGUUCUGCAUGCGCGUGGAAAGACCGCGCAAUCCAGGUGUCAAGGUCUGGCGAUUGAGUCGGAGGACUUCCUCCUGCUAAAACAUCCGAGUUCCCCGGAGGCACAACCGACGUUAAGCGAUAGUCUCGCUGCGGUGCGUGAAGAACGUCAGAAGUUGUUUGCUUCUGCCUUGCCUUGUAAUGGACGGCACGGGGCUGUGGGGGUUGUCGCCCCCUUUACACACGAUGGUAACAACGUCGUUAAGCUGUCCAAGCGGCCACGCACAGAGGAUGGUGCAGACUCGGCUGCUGCAGGCAAAACGUCAACGGCAGUAGCGAUGGCGGCAGAAGCAGCCGCAACCGCAGCAACAGCAACAGCAACAGCAACAACGACAACAAAAGCAACAGCAGCGGCACCUCCGCGGAGGAAGAGACGGGUUGAGGGGAAACGGCGUUCUAUAUUCUCUUUGUCUUCUGAAGGGCCCGUGGAUGGGGCCGCGAAUCAAAUUCUUGGUGAUGCCGUGCCGUGGUGGCGGCCAACCGAAGAGUUUGAAGCUAAUAGGGAGUGUGCGGGGCGUGUGGGGGAUGGGAAAGAAAAGGCGCCAGAUGCGAAGUUGCAAAGAACGGAGCCACCGUGUUCACAAGAAGCUUCACACCCAACACCACCCACUUCCACUUCCGCCAAGGAAGGCGAGGAUAGCGAAAUGAUCUUCUCCUUUUAG